AUGCCCCGCGACCAAGCUGCUUCUGGCCGGUGCAUUGAUGCAUACCGGUGGAUUCGCACGACGCGACGGGUGGCUUCAGGCAUGAGCACCUUGUUGGUGCAGACCCCGGUCGACCGCCCUCACCUGCGACUGCUGCUCUUCCCUCACGCCGGUGGCUCUGCCGCCGCGUACGAAGGCUGGCACGACGCGCUCGCGUCGCGCCUCCCCGUGCCGGUCGAGGUCUGGGCGGUCAGUCCUCCCGGGAGAGGCGCCCGAGCCGGCGAGGCAGCCUUCCCCACGGUGGCGGCGCUCGCCCAGGCGGUCCUCUCCGAGCUGGUGCGACUUGAGCUCCACCUCGCACCGCUCGCCGUCUUUGGCCACUCCCUCGGCGCCCUCACCGCCUAUGAGCUCGCCCGGAGGAUGGUAGACGCACGCCUCCCGCCGCCAGUCUGCCUCUUUGCCUCGGCGCACGAGCCGCCCUCGUGCGGCAUGCCCGAGGCGCAGCGCGGGCUCGCCUCCCUCAGCGACGCCGCGCUGCUCCGCGCCCUCGCGGCCUUCGACUUCGUGCCGGUGGCAUCCUUGGAAGCGGACGCCGCCGACGCCGCCGAA